AUGCCGAGGAUUUCCCCUUCCCUCCCUGUUCCACUCCUGAUGAGAUCUACCACUCCAUCACAUCAGCUCUUUUGGAAAGGGAGUUUAGUUACAAGGUUACAAUCUGGGCCUAUCUUGAUGAUGAAAAGAAAGGUGGUUCUUGGAGAGAUGCCUUACUGGGUGACAAGACUUGGGCCUCCAGAAUCUACUUUCUUCCCUCAGGAGAUAAAGACUCGCGACGUAUUAGAAUGGAAAAUGACAUUCUUUUUUGGGCAUGGGAAUCUCCUUGUAAACCAUUUCAAGAUAGUCUCUGAUCAAUUCAGAGGUGACCCCUACUACGUCGAGCUGCUUUACAAUUUGCUAUUCGCAGGUUUGGAUAUUUUCUUCCUGACUCCGACUCAGGACAUCAAUAAACCAGAAAGCUCUGAAUGGCCAGGAUUGCUAAUAGAUGAAUGA